ACACCAGCUGCUGCUGCGCCGGGCGCCGCGCUCCGCCGGGCGCUGUUUGCUUGUCCACCCCGUAGCUCGCUGUACCCCGCAGGUCCUCCCCAGGCCUCCUUUUUUUGCAACUUGCCAAGCUUCCUUUUUUCUGGAUCGAGUACAAAUCAGUCCAGCACCGAGCACCGGGCCCCCUUCCCUGGGCCGGUUGCCCCAAGGCUUGGGGCGCGCAGGGGGCGGGGGCCGCUGCUCGUCCCCGUCCCCCCCCCCCCUCCCCGCAACUCGGGCCACCGCGGAUGAUCCGCUGUGGAGGAGCCCUGGACAGACGAUGGAACUGCACAUUCUGGAACAUCGGCUGCAAGUUGCCAGCGUCGCCAAGGAGAGUAUCCCGCUCUUCACCUACGGCCUCAUCAAACUUGCCUUCCUGUCUUCCAAGACCAGGUGCAAGUUUUUCAGUCUGACAGAGACUCCCGAGGACUACACCAUCAUCGUGGAUGAGGAAGGUUUCCUUGAGCUGCCCUCUUCUGAGCACCUGAGCGUGGCUGAUGCCACCUGGCUGGCCCUGAAUGUAGUGUCUGGUGGCGGCAGCUUCUCCAGCUCCCAGCCUAUCGGUGUGACAAAGAUCGCCAAGUCUGUCAUCGCCCCGCUAGCUGACCAGAACAUCUCUGUGUUUAUGUUGUCCACCUAUCAGACUGACUUCAUCCUGGUGCGCGAGCGUGACCUGCCCUUCGUCACUCACACCUUGUCCUCGGAGUUCACCAUCCUUCGGGUUGUCAAUGGAGAAACGGUAGCGGCCGAGAAUCUCAGUAUCACCAAUGGCUUUGUGAAGCCCAAGAUGGUCAAGAGGCCAGUCAUCCACCCGUUAUCCAGCCCAAGCAACAGGUUCUGUGUCACCAGCCUGGACCCCGACACACUGCCCGCCGUCGCCACGCUUCUCAUGGAUGUGAUGUUCUACUCCAAUGGAGUGAAGGACCCCAUGGCUGCCAGUGACGACUGUGGCCACAUCCGCUUCUUCUCCUUCUCCCUCAUUGAGGGCUACAUCUCACUGGUGAUGGAUGUACAAACCCAGCAGAGGUUCCCGAGUCAUUUGCUAUUCACGAGUGCAUCUGGAGAGCUCUGGAAGAUGGUGCGGAUAGGAGGACAGCCCCUUGGAUUUGACGAGUGUGGAAUUGUAGCCCAGAUCUCUGAGCCCUUGGCAGCUGCAGACAUCCCGGCAUACUACAUCAGUACUUUCAAGUUUGACCACGCACUGGUUCCAGAAGAGAAUAUCAGUGGGGUUAUCCAUGCCCUGAAGGUCAGUCAAGGAGGGAAGCAUUAGGAAAGGCUCAUCUCUGGGCUCCUCCUAGCUGCAGUCCACUUGGCCCUUUCCCCCCACGAAGGUUAUUCUUGCAGUAUUUCCCUACGGACUGAAAGAUCGGCCCUGGGACCCUACGGAAAGGGCGUCUGGGACACACCCCCGGUUCCUGACUCCUCCAGGCCUGGACCCAAACCCAGGCUACGCCCACAUCCACCUCCAGCCUUCCAGAAUCCCCAGCUUUUUCAAUAAUGACUCGGUUUCCCCCCAGUGGGGGUGUGCCCAUCUUCCUGCCCCAAGUUCCACCCCAGAAUGUGGUCUCUGAGGCCCAGGGGCCUUGGAGAGAGCCCAAGGCCUCACGUACACCCCCCAGCAAACACCAAAGGAAGCUGGCACCGCCCACAAGACGUUGGGAUUGGGGUCCUGAUGCAGCAAGGGACAUCUUAGGAAGUCGGUUCCGCAAGAGUGGGUGUACAGAGCUGAGGAAGCCCCCGUGAGGAACCCCUCAGGAUGAAUGGUAUGGUUGCUGCUCUAAUCUCAGAGGCUCAGGGGCUGGUUCCCUCAGGAUGGAGGCCAGCAGGCCACCCUCAGGUCAUAAUGGUCAGUGACCCUAGACCCCACCUGCUGACCACACGGGGCCUGUGUCGAUUCCCACUACGACUGCCAAGAGGGGUCCUGGGUCAACCAAGACCUCCCCUGGAGGAGGACAGAAUCCCAGGACCCCUCCUUUCCCACCAGCCUAGAGCACCAGCUUCUAUCUGUCCCCUCUUCGCUCUCCCUGGACCCAACCUGGGCAAGCAAAGACUCUGUUCGCUCCCAGCAGUGGACAUCCCCACCAGCCCAGGCCUAGAGUGCCUUGGGCCAUGUCCACCUUCCCAGCUGUCACUUAGACCAGCCUAGAGUUUCCCCCUUCAUCCUCUCUACCCCACCCGGAGGGGACAAAGAGGCCUUGGCCCCCAGCUCACAUACCUGCCUGAAGUAACCCAGCAGUCUGUGACUGUGGCAAAAGCUGGGAGGUAGCUCCCAUGCGCAUUUAGAGAAAAAAGUCACACUUGGGGUUUUUUAUUCAGUUGUUUGCAUACAGGUAGCUGGGAAAGGAGUGGUUUUGUUUGAAGGACAUGGGGCCUGCUUGAGUCUUACAAGGGUGCCCAGCGUUCAGCGGCACCUAGCAGCACCCUGUUUCUCCCGGGGCAGACGCAAAUGCAAGGAUGGAUCCUAAGAAUCUUGGCCUUGUCUUCUGAGGAGAGUUAUCAGGAGCAGAGUUCUGGCAUAAGACACCAGGACCCCUAUAGUAUCCUCUGCAGGGCAAGAGUGCCUGCGAGUGGUACCAUAAGCUGGGACUAUGGGGUCCACCAGACUUAGGAUCAUGGGGUGUUUUCUUGGGCCUGUGUUAUGCUAUCUCCAACAAGGUCAGAGGAGGGAAUGUGUGUUUACCCCUGCACAGGUCUUGGUGUGAACUGCGUUCCUCCCUUCUCUGGGCUAUAGGAGCAGACCCAAGGCGGAGGAUGUAUUCUAGAACCCUGUAGAAGCUCAGAACCCAGCAUGCUAAUCAAAAUUACCUCUGGUGGGGUUUGUUUGACUUGUUUUGUUUUUUGAUUCCUUUUUCACAAAACAACCAAAUCUCGUCAUAUUGUUUUCUGUUCCCAAAAGGGAAAUGGCCAAGUAGACAGGGCCACAGUGAGGCCCCUGAGUCCCCUUCUCUCCCCCUCCAAGGCCUUGAUUGUCCAGGGCGCACCUCUCUGUAAUCCCUUUGGUCCUACCUUCCAGGUAUCCCUUCCCAUUGUGUAAGUGUGCUGACCCCAUGUCCCCUGCCCCAGAGUUGUGUGGCCCCUAGACUUGCUAGGAUGAAACUGUGUAUUGUACACACCUAUAAAUACGUGUUUUAUGUUCAUAGAGAUAUAUUCUGUAAAUAGCAUAUAUUACUUGAGCAAUAUAUAUGUUAAUAUAUUCUGUGUGCACAGGACACAGGCAAGGACCCCACCUCGUGUGUGCACACAUGGGGACAUUUUGAGCCACCAUAUAUUUUUAAUUUGAAUAUGUAGGCAAUACAGUGAUUGGAAAAGCCCUGGGGUCCAGGAGGCCAGCCUGGAGGGGAGACAAAAACCACCAGCCUACUGCAUCUGGGACAGGUUUAGAGGGCCAGCAUGGUCCACUUUGUAGCUACUGCACCCCGUUCCCACAGCCUAGAGCUCUGGAUGCUCUUUCUUUAUUUGGGAGAACAUUGGUCCAGAAGGGGAAUUGGAUUUUUUUUUUUAUUCUUUGCAUUUUUGACAGUGGCUCCCUCCCUCAGGGUUACUCCAAAAUCUUUUUGUCUGGUGAACCCCUUGUAUUCUAACCUCCCUCCCAGAGUCCCCUCUCUCUAGGAAGCUGUAGGCCUGGCAUCUUAGCUGAUUUCUUGUCGUUGUGUUAUUUGUUUUCUUGAGGCAGGGUCUCUUUUAUAUCGCCCUAGCUGUCCUUGAACUCCCUGUGUAGACCAGGGUGGCCUUGAAUUUAUAGAAAGCUGCCUGCCUCUGCCUCCUGAGUGCUGGCAUUAAAGGCGUGUGCCACCACACCUAGGUGAUUUUUUUUUUUUCUUAACUCCUGCUAGUUUAGGAAUCUCAGGUUCUCUUCCCUGCUCUCUUCCUAGGGCUGACUCCACAGGCCUCAAAACACCUCACAUCUUGCCAUCUGGCGAGGAGCUGGGGCCUGGGUUCUGCCUGCCAGCCUUCUAGAGACCCCCCACUAUUUAGCUACAGUGGGUCCUUUCAAGGAAGCUGGGUCUCUGUGUUCUGUGGGUGGCACUGGCAUGACAUAGUCUCCACAGCUCUGGGGGAUGUGACAUUGAGCCCUCUACUCUUGUGUCUUUAGUGAUGUCUGCCACUUCUUGGCAUCUCUUGGUUUUAUGGAUGUGGAGGUCACUCCACCCCCUGCUGGCCCAGCCUCAGAGGUGACCCAAGUGACAUGCCAGUUGUAGCCAAGGUUCCCUAUGGGGAUUUUGUUUGUAUUUUUCUGCAGCGCUGAGGAUUGUGGACAGGGCCUAGUACAUUUGAGGCAAGUACUCUGCUGAGCCGCUCCCAGCUCCUAGCAGUGGAGAGUCUCUUGGCUUGCGUGGGGGAAAGGAAAAUGGGCUGUUAAAGUAUUGGGAGACACAGACAGACCCCCUGGGCAGGGCUACCGGAUCGUAGGCUCCAGGAGUUUGUGUCUGCCUAGAAGACUAGAAAAGCUCGGAGGACACAGUGGGACAGUGCGCUUGCCCAGUGUGCAUGAAGCACUCAGGAGAUGGAAGCAGGCAGAUCACAAGUCAAGGCCAGCCUGGGCUAUGUGAGACCCUGACUCAGAAAAAAAUGCCAAAUAUCACCUGUAUGUUUGACUACCUGUCCACGACAGGCUAAUGAAACCAUCCAGUGUCCCCAUUGACAAAGCCCUCUCCCUAACUUCGGCUCAGCCCCACAGCCUGCUUUCCAAGAAAUCUGCUUCUCCCCCAGACCCCAGCAGCAAUGCCAACUCUAUACUCCCUUCCUCCACAGGGUGUCUGAAGACACGCACGCACGCAUGCACGCAGUCCUGGCCCCGUGAAACAAGCUUCUUCAACCCUCCCUGGAGGAUCAGCAUUGGCCUUGCCCCCACCAGCUGCAGACAACUGGUUCCUAGUGCGAUGGGCGGGUUCUAGGGACCUGGUUCGGUCUGCUGCCCAUCAGGCGGUAUCUUGAGUUGGUUCCCCUGUGGCAUGAUGGAAGGAACUGGAAGUCAGAAGAUAUCAGGCAGGUGGGAAGGAGCUAGCACCUGUGCACAGCCAGCCAGACCCCUUGGUCUGGUACAUGAUUAUCAAAGAUCUGAGCCAGCUGCUGCCAGCCCCUCCCUGCCCCAUUUCCCAGGCUGACCUUUAAAAGUCCCCAGCUACCCUUGGGCCAUGCGCCAGAGCCCGAUUGGUCUAUUGGACGUGAGGACAACACAGGCUCUUCUUGGCUAAGGCAAUGCCAGAGGGAGUGGAAAGGAGGAAGUGUCUGUUUUGACUCUUGAGUUUGAUGGGAUUACUGCAGUCCACCACGGUGGCAAGGCAUGGCAGCAGGAGCGUGAGGCAGCUGGUCACGUGGCAUCCACAGUCAGGAAGCAGAGAGAGAGAUGGACGCUGGUGCUCAGCUCGCUUUCUCCUUUCUAUUCAGGGUAGGUUUUACCACCUCAGUUAAUCCAGACUCCCUGACAGACUUGAGCAGAGGUUUGUCUUGUAGGUGGUUCUAGAUCCUGCGGGCAUGACUACUGAGCACCACCCUUCUGCAUUCAUUCUGUGAGCAGUAGGGGAACCACAGGUGGGGUCAGCACUUGGCUUGAUGAGGGGAGCCAGGAUGAGGAAUAGAGAGGGCUCUCCAACAGGGAUGGGAUAUAGCUUUGAGGGGUUUGGGUUUUUUUGUUUUUUUUUGGUGUUUUGUUUUGUUUUGUUUUGUUUAGAGACAGGGUUUCUCUGUGUAAUAACCCUGGCUGUCCAGGAACUCUCUGUAGACUAGGCUGACCUCAAACUCCCGAGAUCCAUCUGCCUCCAUCUCCUGAGUGCCGGGAUUAAAAGUCUGCAUCACCACCCUCUGGCUUAGCUUUGAGUUUGCAAGUGAUGGUCAUUGUGCUGAGGGUCCGAGUGUAGCUUGGAAGGGUAGCAGACCUCCAUUUUGACAUCCAGGAGGGAAGUGAGGCCAAGAUGGCUGACAGCCGAUCAGCCUUGCUUUGCUGCGUGGGGCUGUUGUGGAGUAGAGCUAACUUAACAGACCUAACCUUUUCAUACAUCUCUGCUUUCUUUUCUUGUCCAUUCCCCCAAUUUGAAGCAACAAAAGGACACAUUUAGCUGAUCCCAGGGUGACCUCCAGCCCCCCCCCUCCAAAAGCUACUCAUCUGGGGGAAGGGGAGCUGAGGGCACCAAUAGAGGCCAAGACCACGGUGCUUGUGAGCAUCGAUUUGGUGGUGAUGGUUUGUGGCAUCUGGUAGAAGAGCAGGCAAUCUGGGAGAGUCAAAAGUGCAGGGUGGCUCUGUCCUGUGUGUCAGGAGGCGUUCUGUGUGGUUAUAUUUACGUGUGUGUGUGUGUAUGCGUGUGUACCUGUAUUAGGCAUGAGUGUGUGCACACAUGUGCAGAGCCUAUCUCAGAGCUGUGAGCAGUUUCAUGCAGUGUUUGGCCCUUCAGCCCAGCCCACUGCCACACAGAGUUAACCAGAUUGUGGGGGGGAGGGGGCGGAGAUGCGGACCCUGGCUCUGGGGGGUUGCCCUGAUAGGAUAGGCUCCUUCCCUUAUUGUCUGCAUCCCCAGGAAAGACUGCCCUCAGAGACCCGGGGGAUCCAUGCAGGCAGCCUGAGCUGGCCCAGGCCCAACCAUGUCACUCUUCAGAGGUUUCAAUUCUGAAGACAGUAUUCACAGGGAGAGGGGAUGGAGACAAGAGGACCCCUCGCUAACCAGGAACUCAUCUUGGAAAGGGGUCCACAAACUAGAGGCCCCAGCAAUGGGCACAAUUCAGGUCUCCACAGGGCAGAGCCUAGCAUGGCUUCCCUUUCUACUGCCUCAGUUGAGAGCAGGGUCAGCCCCUAGACAAUAGGGAGAGGAAUGCGCAACCAGAGCUCUCCCAGCCCUUCUCUUGUAUGCCAAAAUCAUUUCCGUUAUCCCGAGGCAGGGGAGCAGGUGUGGGUGCCCUGCCUGCAGCCCCAGCUGACCCUCACCUGGCAUGUUGUGCCCAGGUCACCAGCAACACUGGGCUUUACUAGUCCAGCAGCUUGAGUGAGGGGAGGACUGGAGUCCGACUCUCUUCACCUCCAGGGCCUUCAUGCUUUCAUCUUGUCAAAGAAACAAAACCCUUGAGAGUUGUGUACUGUAUGAUGGAGAGAAAAAAAAAAGUACCUAAUGUUCCCCCUAAAAAAAAGACAGUAUAUUUUGUACUUUGUAAAGUGUUCAUUAAAUGAAGGGGAAAAAAGAC